CUCCAGAAUAGUUGCCAGUCAUUGUGACGGAGCUGACGGAGCUGACGGAGGUUAGAGACGGAGCUUAGAGACGGAGCUUCAGUGUUUCUGUGCCGGACUCAGCGCUUUGUCUUCCAGACAACAUGAAGGAAACAGCGGCCAAGCGGCGGGACAAGGCCGGAGGUCGGGACCGGGACUCCAAGGCCGAGAAGCCGAAGGAGGCGGGCCCGGGCCCGGAGCCGCAGGACGUGGAGAUGCCGGAGGAGGACGCGGCUAACGCGGCUAACGCGGCCAAGCAGCCCCGGGAGCUGGACAGCCUGACGCUGGACGAUAUUAAGGAGCAUGUGAAGCAGAUAGAGAAGGCGGUGUCAGGGAAGGAGCCUCGCUUCGUGCUGCGUGCUCUGCGUGCGUUGCCGUCGACAAGUCGCCGCCUGAACACCAACGUGCUGCACAAAGCCGUGCUCGGCUUCUUCACCAACAACGCCGCCACCAGAGACUUCCUGCUGGGCUUCCUGGACGAGCCGAUGGAGAUGGCGGAUGGAGACGUCCAGUUUCGUCCGAGGACGGGUAAAGCAGCAUCCACUCCUCUGCUGCCGGAGGUGGAGGCUUACCUGCAGCUGCUGCUGGUGGUUCACCUGACCAACAACAAGAGAUUCACUGAGGCUCAGAAAGUGUCGGACGACCUGCUGCAGAAGAUCGGCUCGAAGAACCGCAGAGCUCUGGAUCUGGUCGCUGCCAAGUGUUACUAUUACCACGCCCGAGUGUACGAGUUCCUCAACCAGUUCGACACCAUGCGCAGUUUCCUGCACACUCGCCUGCGUACGGCGACCCUGCGGCACGACGCGGACGGCCAGGCCGUGCUGCUGAACCUGCUGCUGAGGAACUACCUGACCUUCAACCUGUACGACCAGGCCGAGAAGCUCGUGUCCAAGUCUGUGUUCCCCGAGCUCGCCAACAACAACGAGUGGGCCCGAUACCUGUACUACACAGGUCGUAUUAAGGCCAUCCAGCUGGAGUACUCUGAAGCUCGCAGGACUCUGACCAACGCUCUGAGGAAGGCACCGCAACACACUGCUGUGGGCUUCAAACAGACGGUGCACAAGCUGCUGAUCGUGGUGGAGUUGUUGUUGGGGGAGAUUCCUGACAGACUUCAGUUCAGGCAGCCGUCACUGAAGAGGUCGCUGAUGCCGUACUUCCUGCUGACUCAGGCCGUGAGGACAGGUAACCUGGCGAAGUUUAACCAGGCGUUGGAGCAGUUUGGUGAGAAGUUUCAGACCGACGGGACGUACACACUCAUCAUCCGCCUGAGACACAACGUCAUCAAGACAGGUGUGCGUAUGAUCAGCCUGUCGUACUCUCGGAUCUCUCUGGCUGACAUCGCUCAGAAGCUUCAGCUCGACAGCCCGGAGGAUGCCGAGUUCAUCGUCGCCAAGGCGAUCCGUGACGGCGUGAUCGAAGCAAGCAUCAACCACGAGAAGGGCUUCGUCCAAUCAAAAGAGACCAUGGACAUCUACGGGACCAGAGAGCCUCAGCUGGCUUUUCACCAGAGGAUCUCCUUCUGCCUGGACAUCCACAACAUGUCUGUGAAGGCCAUGAGGUUUCCUCCUAAAGCCUACAACAAAGACCUGGAGUCAGCAGAGGAGCGUCGGGAGCGCGAGCAGCAGGAUCUGGAGUUCGCCAAAGAAAUGGCCGAAGACGACGACGACAGCUUCCCAUGAUCCCCUCUGUUGACUUCCUGUGCAGACAGGAAGUGUGUGUGUGUGUGUGUGUGUGUGUGUGUGUGUGUGUUUGCACGCUCAUGUUAGUACAGUUAUUACCCACAAUGCCCCUCUUCACUCUCUGGUGACCCCUGAACUGUUUCUCUCAAAUA